GGGAAGUCUGAAGUCUCAGUUGCUAAGUUGCAUGUCGCUGUAACUUGGAAACAACAAGGUUACUUGAAACACACGUCUGGGAUGAAUGUUUACAUUUGUUUUAGUCAGUGAUGCCGACUGUUUAGUCGGCGUCGACUCGAGUUAACUAGAAGAGCAGACGUCUUUACGUGUGUUAAGUACCGUUAAGGAACAGUUUACGGCCCGGAGACCAGAACACAGCAGAGAGCGCGGCUCACGCACGAGAUGGGCAAAGGCCCUAUCGGGCACGUGUUUCGUCAAAAUAAAACUACGGUUGUCAAGAAUGACGUUGCCCCGACCCACGAGCGUUAGGAGCGGUUUAUGUGUCAACCAGAGAAACGGACGCGGGAUCCAGGAGUGGCCGGACGGAUCCAAAUAUGAAGGAGAAUUCGUCAACGGUUUGAAACAAGGCGCCGGUGUCUUCACAUGGCCAAACGGAGAGUUUUAUGAAGGCUCCUUCUACAAGGAUUAUCGCCACGGAUGUGGAACGUACUCAUGGCCAGAUGGCGGACAAUUCACGGGAAAGUUUUAUCUAAAUCGUAAGGAAGGCUACGGGCUCCAGCGGUUCCACGAUGGAACUACCUUCCAGGGUCUACACCACGCUGACGAGCGCUUCGGACCUGGAGUGACCACAUACCUGGAUGGGCGGCAGGACGUGGGUCUAUGGUACAGGCACUGGCUAUUGCGUCUGCCCACCUGCGUGGGUGAAGGUUUCACCCUGAGAGAUUUUCCUGAGUACAUGGCCCUGGUCCCAAAGCAGCAGCUUCAGACCCAGGUAUUCGCUCAAGCUUCCCCAACACAAAGCAGGAGAGUCAACUCCAUGGCUCCCCCUUGGGAUUGCGGCCCACCGCUGCAGCAGGACGAGUGGUUCGUCCUGCCCCCAGGCAUCGAGAGCUACUCUACUGACUCGGACCACCUGCCGACUCCUCAGAGCCGGCGGCAGGAGCUUGACCUCCUGUUCUUCGGCAGGGGUGAUAUCCACAUGCCCUCGUUCUCUGAUGACCCGCCUCUUCAGCAGCAAAUGGAAGCCCACAUCCACACCCACAGAUUUGAGGCAGAGGGGCUGGAUUGGGAUGUUGCUGCCGUACUGGCUAUGAACAGGGAGGGGUUUGGACCCAAGGGCCCUGUGGAGCGCACAUCAGAAAAGCUCCUCAGAGCAGCAUCCCUUGGUCUCUACCAGAAUGUUUAUGACAUUUUGUUCGAUGGGAAAGUCCACCCUGAUGUGGCUGAUGCAAGAGGAUGCACUGCCCUUCUUGCAGCCACGGUGAGUUGUCAUGACGAUGUGAUCCACUUGCUACUGGACAGUGGGGCUGAUGUGAAUAUGGUGAAUGAGGAGGGCAUGUCUGCUCUGGCGGCGAGCUGCGUCCUCUACUACCCGUUCCAUUCUCUGCAUGAGACAGUAGCUGAGAAGGUGUCUCAGCGAGACGCUCUGAAACCAGAGAUCAAGGCCUCCUCAACCAUGGAGAACAGCCCACAGCAGAAGGCUGCUGGCCCCCUGACAGAAAGUCCUGGAAAUGACAGUGAUCGAAAACUGUUCCUUACAGACAGCCUGUUCGUGACUGAACAAGUGGAGCGAGUUCCUUCAGGCGAAAGUGUGGGCUGCGCCGAGGACGUUCCAGGCCAUGCGGAGGAACGCAAAAGGCCCAGUGAGAGAGAGAAAGCCCCGUGGGCUGGGAAUGGGGAGGCAGCAGAGCUUGAGCUCCUGGAGGAGGUGCGGUCCAUUCAGCUCCUGAAUAUCCAUGGGAAUAUCCAUGUGGGUGUUCAAGCAAAGGGCGAGGAGGAAGAUUACAGAAGAUCUGUGGAAGAUCACGUGGAUCUGGAAGCGGAGGAGACAGACUGGAGAAAUGGAGGCAGAGCUGCACCAGAGACCAUCUACGACUCACCUCGCUCCGUGGUCAGCUCCGUGGUCAACUCUGUGGUCAGCUCUGUGGUCACUGAGGACCUCAUGCAACAGAUGGCUGAGGUUCCAUGCCACAAGGACAAGGAUUCGACAACAGAACCCCAGGAAACGGUCCACAAGAUGCCAGUCAUGUUGCCUUUGCACAGGUGCCAAUGGACCACCAUGCAGCUGCUGCUGACGAGAGGGGCAGAUCCUAACGCCUCCAGCGUUCCCAUGCCAGUCAUCUUCCUGGCUAUCAAAGCAGGCCACACCGAGGGCGUGCAAAGACUGCUGGAGAGUGGCGCACGCACGGACAUGCCCUUACCCACCCAGCGGAAGGGUCUGUACCCGCUCCAUGUGGCAGCUGGCCUGCCUGGGCCCAAGGGUCCCAAGAUCACCGAGCUGCUUCUGCUUGCUGCUGCAGACCCCGAUGUCAAAGCCCAGGAUGCCGGCGAAGUGUGUGAGCUGGACGAGAGCAUGGCAGAUGUCCAGGAUGGCUCCUCCCUCGGUUCUGCAAGCCCCGCCUGCUUUUCCACGGUCAUCUUGACAACGCCUGAGGAUGGUGGGAGGACCCCACUCCACGUGGCCUGUCAGAGAGAAAGCGACUAUAUGAAUGCCAGAGAUGUGGUCUCCAUCCUCCUUACCCACAAGGCAAGUACCAUCCAUCUGUGGAGCGGCCAUUCCCCCCUCUCUCUGGCCAUUGCCAGCGGCAACGACCUUGCUGUGGACGAGCUCCUGGCUGCCAGAGCCGACCCCAACCUACCCCUCUCCCGACACAUAGGCAGCGCCCUGUGCGCAGCUGCUACCCUCAGCUAUGACCGCGGACACCUGGCACAAAGCAGGAUCAAACUGGUUGAGAAGCUGAUCAAGGCUGGUGCCAAUAUCCUGAUGCCUGUGGUGGUCGGCGAGGGCCGCAGGUGUGCCAUCGGGACAGCGCUGGAUUAUGCCCAUUACUUUUUUAACCAGGACUGGCGCAUAGCUCGUGCCCCGUACCAUGCACUGAACCAGUUCCAGCGGCAGACUUACAACGCCCGCCGUCAACUGCUUGGCAUGAUGGGAGAUCUUCUGAGGCUGGCUGCCGUUGGCAUGGAGACACAACGCUUGAAAGCUGAGCAGAGCCAGGGUAUACACAGUGUUGGUCCAAAAGAGAAGUUUGUGUUUACUGGGACAGGAGCAACACCUCCUGGAAACCAAGUGGGAGUCACUGACACAUCAUCUCCGACUGAGUCUCAUCUGAGGUCUGGGACCGAAAGCGAGACAGGGACUAUGAUUGUGAGGAAACCCCCGUUUAAGUACUGCUACCAGUGUGGCCGCUCCAUCUGGGUGGUGCUGACACCCUGUAGCCGCUGCCAUGAGGUGUUUUACUGCAGUAAGACGUGUAAGAUGAAGUCAUGGAGCGAGCGUCACAGAGAGGAGUGCCUCCGUGUGCCAGGGACUGGACAGACCAGGUACAGCUCUGGGAUCCGUCUACAACCUUUUUCAGAGAAAAGUUCCCAAAAAGGCAGAGAUUUCCAGGUCAAGACGGACAGGGAAUACUCAAGCACGCCAGCAACACAUAGCCAUCGCCAUGACCCCGAAGAAAAUUACAGUUUUAUUUGAGAUGUGAUACAAAGACCAUGUACAUUGAGAUAAACAGUCUUAAUUAAAUAUCAGCAAAUGUCAGCAAUAUCAGAAGUCUGUAAAAGAGGGCAGCAAACCUGUGAUUUGAAUAGUUUUGGGAUUUAAAAAAAAAAGAUUUGGUGAUGACAUUAGAAUUGCCUUUUUUGUGUUUUUGUGUUUUAUCGUUUUAUGACUUACAUUCAUGUGCACACCACAUUAAAAAGUCCAUUGGCAAAUCUGAAAUAUAAAUAGUGUGCAGUAGCUCUUUUUUCAAGAAAGUAUAACAGUAAGGGCAUCACUGAUUAAACAAAAGUUAUCUUUGAAAGUGAUAUCAGUGACUAACAAAGCGAAUGAGACAUUGUAACAUUGAUAAACUCUUUCUU